CCCAGCUGUGCACAAUGCCCUGUUCUCCGGCAACCUUCAACAGGUCCAAGCCCUGUUCCAAGAUGAAGAUGCUACCAACAUGAUUGUGGAGACUGUGAGCAACCAGCUGGUCUGGUCUUCAGAGCAGGGAUUCUGGGUGCUGACCCCCAAGACCAAGCAGACGGUGCCCCUCACCAUUGCUGCAUCCCGAGGCUACACUGACUGUGCCCGCCACUUGAUUCAGCAGGGAGCUGAGCUGGACGCCCGAGUUGGAGGCCGGGCUGCCUUGCACGAGGCCUGCACCCAGGCUCAGUCUGACUGUGUGCGGCUACUGCUCACCUUUGGUACCAAGGCCAAUGUGCUGUCCGAGGAGGGCAUGAGCCCCUUGCACCUCUGCACUGCCCCUGAGUCUCUGCAGUGCGCCAAGCUGUUGGUGGAGGAAGGAGCCAUAGUGAACCUGGCAGCGCGGGACAGUGAGGUGACGCCCUUGCACGUAGCGGCGGCCAGUGGUCUGGAGCAGCACGUGGCCCUCUACCUGGGCCGCGGCGCCAACGUGAGCCUGUGCAACAGCAAGGGGGAGACGGCGCUCAACGCCGCCGCGUGCGCGGCGGCCCAUGGCCCUGGCGGCUCCAGGCGGCACCAGGCUGUGGUGCGUCGGCUUCUGGAGGCGGGAGCUGAUGCCAGGGCAGCCGGGCGCAAAUGCCACACGCCACUGCACAACGCCUGUGCCAAUGGCAGCAGUGACCUGGCCGAGCUGCUAUUGCGCCACGGGGCCUGCGCUGGAGUCCCCAACGGGGCGGGCCACACACCCAUGGAUUGCGCACUGCAGGCUGUCCGGGAAACCCCCAACUUGGAGCCCGAGAUCCUCUUCACCGUACUGCUGGACUACGGUGCCCGGCCGGUGCACCCUGAGAUGCUGAAACUUUGUGCCAACUUCCCUCGGGCCCUCGAAGUCCUGCUUAAUGCUUAUCCCUUCAUCCCAUCCUGUACCACUUGGGUGGGGUCUGUGCUCCCAGAGCUGUGGCAGGAACACAAAGCCUUCUACAGCUCAGCCCUGAGCAUGGUGAACCAACCCAGGCGGCUGCAACACCUGGCCCGGCUGGCUGUGCGAGCCCAGCUGGGCAGAAGAUGCCGAGAGGCCACCCAUCACCUCCCACUGCCCCCGCUCCUCCGGGACUACCUGCUCCUGUGUGUGGAGAGUCAGAUCCAGUGAGCUCCAUGCUCCCACAGUCCAUGUGCUCCCCCACAAUCUAGAAUGGUUCCUGAACAUUGGUCCCUUAUGCACAUUCUGCAUAUCCUUCCAGAGCCAGAUCAUCCCUCCACUGGCUUCCAGAGCCACCUCCUUAGCUCCACCACCCUGACCUGAACCUCCGCUCCUGUCUCCACUGUUCUUC